GUGCUAUACAUAGAAUAUCGGGUCAAUAUAUAGAACAAUAAAUAAACUAUCGCCGAAGAGUCCAGUUUCUGUGUGCUUAGAAAGGAUAUCGGGUCGAAAUGUAGAACAUUAAAUAAUCUAACGCUUAAGAGUCCUAGUUUAAAUCUAUGUAAUACAGUACGUCAGUGCAGAUACAGAAAAACACUACGUACAGCACACCAAUCAGUUGCAUCUAAGCAUGGCACUUUCAGGACGUACAGCAUUCGUGGGGGGUGGAAGUGGCAUAGUAGGGUCAGGUAUCGUGCGCAGCUUCCUGCAACAAGGGGCCAAGGUGGCCGUCAGCUCACGGAACCUCGCAAAUCUGAAUGAUCUAAAAGCGAAAAUCGAACCUGAGCUGCAAAAGAAUCUCAUUCUAAUUGAGGCAAAUGCUGCCACAGAGGCCGGGGCCCAAAAGAUUCUCCAGCAGUUGGAGGGACAGGGCGGGGUGCAUCACGUGGUCUCCUCAUUUGGGGGCUGGUGGGCAGAGGGUCCUCUUACUAGUAGGACGUUGGCCGAGUUCGAUGCACACAUUGACGAGCGUGCAAAGUCGCAUUUCAUCGUCGCCAAGACCUUCCUACCAGUGCUUGCUAAGCAUGAAGGCUCUUCCUAUAUGUUCAUUACGGGCAUGUUGGGGGAGAGCUGUUCCAUGGCCGCUGCGUCCAUGCUGGCGAUAGCGGGUUCAUGUGUGUAUGGGAUUGCGCAGGCUGCACUGGCCGAGUUUCAGGGCUCGAAAGUCACUAUAAAUGAGAUGCGUAUUGGCCUCAUGGUACAGCCUAAGCUGACCAAAGACGUCCCAGCACCACAAAUAGGCCAUGAUUCUGUCGGUGAUCUGGUAAUUUCACUGGCACAGUCUCGUAAUUCCGGCGUGGUGAAGAUUAUAAGUCGUGAUGACAUGAAAUCAAGGCUUGGUAAGAAUGCUGCAAAGUAUGGGUUUUAGAACCUCACGACGUGGAACCGGAAGUAAUCCAUCUAGAAAACCUCCUCACAUAGCUCAAAUAAAACCAUGUCGCCCUUAUACACCAAACGAUGAUGGUCAAUCAACUAUUUUAGUUCUUACAUUUGUUGUUUUUUUAUCAAUUAUUUUUCUUCAUUGUCAUUUCUUAUUGUAAACCUUAUAAUUAUGUAAACAGUAUAUGAAAUAUGAACAUGUGCACAAAAUAAAAACAAACAAAAUGAUGGAACAAUGUAUUUUGUGAUGGAAGUGAUUACUGCUUACCUGAGGACUUGUCUUCAUGCUGAUAUGUACAUGUACUAGUCAUAGCACGUGAUAUGAACAUGUACUUAUCAUAGCACGUGAUAAUCUUGAACCCAAAAAUGUUUUUAUUAGCAAAUCUUCUAAAAUCGCUUUUAAAGACUUUUUAGUUAAAAUAUUUUUUUAAAUACAGUUAUAUACUUUAAUUAACUGCAAUUUUUGUAUACAUGGUUACCAUACUGAAACAACAUCAAUAUAGAAUGUCAAAACUUGUGUGCUUAUUAUUUAUAUUUAGCAGCAAAUAGUUACAACUUGAUGGAAAUAUUAAUUGCAAAUAAUUGUCAGUUAUAUAAAAGUAUUUAGAAAAAAUGUUUCAUGUAUGAAUAUAAACUAGUUUACCCCCAAAAAUCUUUUGUUAUAUUAUACCUUACACUUAGACUAGAGUCUUGUUAUAUUAUACCUUACACUCGGACUAGAGUCUGGUUAUAUUAUACCUUACUCUCGGACUAGAGUCUUGUUAUAUUAUAUCUUACACUCAGACUAGAGUCUUGGUAUAUUAUACCUUACACUUAGACUAGAGUCUUGUUAUAUUAUACCUUACACUCAGACUAGAGUCUUGUUAUAUUAUACCUUCAGACUAGAGUCUUGGUAUAUUAUACCUUACACUCAGACUAGAGUCUUGUUAUAUUAUACCUUACACUCGGACUAGAGUCUUGUUAUAUUAUACCUUACACUCAGACUAGAGUCUUGUUAUAUUAUACCUUACACUCGGACUAGUCUUGUUAUAUUAUACCUUACACUCAGACUAGAGUCUUGUUAUACCUUACACUCUGACUAGAGUCUUGUUAUAUUAUACCUUACACUUGGACUAGAGUCUUGUUAUAUUAUACCUUACACUUGGACUAGUCUUGUUAUAUUAUACCUUACACUCAGACUAGAGUCUUGUUAUAUUAUACCUUACACUCAGACUAGAGUCUUGUUAUAUCAUACCUUACACUCAGACUAGAUUUACUUUGGGCAGUUAACCUACACAUAUUGUGAUUUUCUAUUAAAAGAAUGUUCAAGAUUUUUUAUGACAGGUUACAAUGUAUUAUGGAGAUUGUUAUAGUUACACUAACAAAAUUUUACUUUCACAUUUUGGCAAGCAUAUUUAAAAAAUAACUCGCAAAACUAUUUUACUCGCAAUUUGCGAGUGCCAAAUUGGAGCCCUAAGGUGUCCUAGCAUGCUUGAACAUACGAGCUUAGCCUUAAAUUUGACAUUUUGGAAAUCUAACUCCUUUAUAUCAUUACCAGAUCAUCAAGAUCAAUUGAACAAAGUGCUUUGUCUAUGCAAUUGGUAUUGCUAUCAAUGUUUUGUAUGUAUGACAUAGUUUUGGUCUAUUUGCAUCAAGCUACAUGCAUUUAUGAUCUAGUUAAUACAUAGAUGAUUAAAUUUGCAGAUACAUUUUUAGCAAUAAAUGCUUAAGAAUUUGUCAAACAAGUAAAUAAUGUACAUUGAAUAAAUUGCAAUAACAUUACCUACCUAAAUGUUAUGAUUGUUUUGUAAUAAAGAUUUCAAAUUGGUA